UAUCACGUGAUUGGUGAGAAGAAAACAAAACCACGUGGACAUCCUCCGUCCUUCGCAUUGAUUUCAUUUUUGGUGCUCCGUGUAGAAUCUAGAGAAAUGGAACAGCAGUUAACGAAAACAGAGACGCUUCAGCUGAGGAAGAAACACAUCAGUGAAGCGUGCCAGCUGUUCUUUAAGGAGGAUCCAUUGAAGAUCGUGACAGCUAAUGGGCAGUAUAUGAUUGAUGAAGAUGGGAAUUCUUAUCUGGACUGUAUCAACAAUGUCUGCCAUGUUGGUCAUUGUCACCCCCAUGUGGCAGAGGAGGCCUGCAAACAAAUCAGAACUCUCAACACCAACAGUCGCUAUCUCCACGACAACCUGGUGCUACUCGCUAAGAAAAUUACAUCAACCCUUCCUGAGAAACUGUCCGUGGUCUACCUGGUGAAUUCUGGGUCUGAGGCCAAUGACCUAGCCAUCCGUCUUGCUCGCCACUACACCCGCGGCACGGAGAUGAUCACACUGGACCAUGCGUACCAUGGUCAUGUGAGCUCGGUGAUGGACAUCAGUCCGUACAAACUGCGGACAAACGUUGACGGCUCUCACGUACAACCCGAACACGUCCAUGUGGUGCCUUGCCCUGAUUCUUACAGAGGUAAAUAUCGUGAUGACCAGUACUCCCCAACAGAGGUCAGUCAGAAAUAUGCGGACGAGGUCAAGGACGUAAUUAACAGAGUCCAGGAGCAGGGGAAGAAAGUGUGCUUUUACAUUGCAGAGUCCAUGCAGAGCUGUGGGGGACAAAUCAUAAUGCCUGAGGGCUACCUCAAGCAAGUGUACAAGUAUGUCCAGGAUGCGGGAGGUGUGUGUAUCGCUGAUGAGGUCCAGGUGGGCUUUGGCCGGGUGGGCUCACACUUCUGGGCCUUCCAGCCCGAAGGUGUGGAACCUGACAUUGUCACCAUGGGUAAACCAAUGGGAAAUGGUCACCCCGUGGCUGCCGUGGUAACGACCCAGGAAAUAUCAGACAAGUUCAAGGCUUCGGGAAUGCAGUACUUUAACACAUACGGCGGUAACCCAGUCUCCUGCGCGGUGGCUCUUGCGGUGCUUCAUGUAAUGGAGGAAGAGAAACUCCAAGAUCAUGCCCAGAAAGUGGGCAACUACUGGAUCAACAAAGUGACGGAGCUGAAGCAGAAAUUCCCCAUUAUUGGAGAUGUCAGGGGUCGUGGUUUGUUUGUGGGGAUUGACCUCGUUAAGGAUCGCGAAACCCGGGAACCAGCGACUCAGGAGGCCCAGACCGUGGUCAGAAGAAUGAAAGAGGAGGCCCGGAUUCUGAUCAGUUCCGAUGGGCCUUACAACAACGUGCUGAAAACCAAGCCCCCCAUGUGUUUCAGUCAGGAAAAUGUAGACAGGUUUUGCUUGAAACUUAGCGAGAUCCUGACGGACCUCCAGAACAACGAGAUUAAGUGUGUACUAAAGGACAUCAUCGAGAACGUGGAGAAAUCAUCCAGCACGAUGGACGUCAAUCAGAACCAGUCAGCCAACAACUGGGGCCGUGCCACUCUGGUGUCCUAGUGUCUGGUGAGACUGGACCGGGUGACCUAGUUAGUGUGUGAUCAGACUGGACCGGGUGAAGGUUAACGUCGGCACUGAGCUGUAUGUAGUUAACAUGGAUAAUGAAGGUCUAUUGCCUUUUAUAAAGGUGUGAAGAACUUUGAUAACCAUGAAUUUUAUAAUUAUAUAUUCUUGGUGAUACCUUGCUGCAAUGCAACUUGCUCCAAUGCACGAGUGAAAUGUUAAAUAUUGCUUUAAAUGCAUAUCAUAACUGAAUUGUAAUUCAGUUUUACACAAGACUCCAGGGUUCUAAACAUCGAUAUAUUUUCAAUCAUGUGUCCAUUUGAUUGUGUAAACAAUAGAUACAAACCACUGUACAGCAUUUAUAAUCGCCAGUUUUUCAUCUUUCAAGUGUGGUUUUCAAGGCGUCUGUGUUUGGGCCAUUAACUUAUUGUAAAUGACUGAAAUACACAGAUGUAUGCUCCCUAAAUCCUGCAUGAAACCUGCAUGCUUUGAUCCUGAGAGUUCAUUGUUGAAAUGCAAAUGUUACAUGUAGGUAGUUUAUUACUUGUAGUCUGUACAAAUAGUUGAUAAAAUUUGAUCAUUGAUGAAGAAGUUGAUACAAGGGAAAGAUACUGUUUUUAGUAUGAAUUACUUAUUCUAUGUUACUAUUUUUAGAAUAAAUUACUUAUUCUAUGUUACUAUUUUUAGAAUGAAUUACUUAAUCCAAGAUACUGUUUUUAGUAUGAAUUACUUAUUCUAACUAAGAUACUAUUUUAGUAUGAGUUAAUUAUUCUAAGAUACAAUUUUUAGUAUGAAUUACUUAUUCUAAGAUACAAUUUUUAGUAUGAAUUACUUAUUCUAAGAUACAAUUUUUAGUAUGAAUUACUUAUUCUAUGAUAUAAUUUUUAGUAUGAAUUACUUAUUCUAUGAUACAAUUUUUAGUAUGAAUUACUUAUUCUAAGAUACAAUUUUUAGUAUGAAUUACUUAUUCUAACUCUAAGAUACUGUUUUAGUAUGAGUUAAUUAUUCUAUGUUACAAUUUUUUAUUCUAUGCCCAGGAUGAUUAGACCAUUUGGUCAACUUCUAAAGAAAUCAGGCCCGUAGGAAUGUGGGGUAGGGGUGCGUUCCCACUCUUCAGAUUAAAAUAAAAAUACAUAGUACACCUGUCAAAAUUUGUCUAGGGGUAAGUUUUAGAUUUUAUCAAAUAUCUCAAGUGUAUGUAAAUUUGUCCAAGUCGCUUCAGAUAUGUCUAGGGUAUGUUUUGAAACGGACAGUUCAAAUAUGUCUACGAUUUAAAUCUGUUGAAGGUUAUGUAAAGAUGACUAAGAAAUAUGUCCCUGACUGAAUCUGUUUCCUACGUGACUGUAAAUGUUAUGUCGUUAGACGGACGUAUUAUGUUUAAAUGUGUAGUAUUCCAGAUUUUUCGGUUUCCUACGUGCCUGUAAUUGUUAUGUCAUUAGACUGACAUAUUAUGUUUGAGUUUGCAGUAUUACGGAGCUUUACAGGUGAUUGAUAAGGUUAUUUAGAAAUAAAAUCUUGCCGUUGA